AGUGUACGUGUGUGUGUGUGUGAGAGAGGUUGUGUAAAUUUUGGAGGAAGUGUCGUUUCUGUCCAGCACUAUUUCAUUAUACCCAUGGUGCAGAACGUUACUGCUUCUUCUUUCACUAAGUGAACAAGACGUGAGAUUAAGACAAGAUUACGAGUGUCUGCUAUACUGGCCCUCCAACAAACUAAAAACAACUAAUCCCAGCAGCACCUUGAAAUGUUCACUUGGAGUAGCUUACUCUACUGGAUGCUCGUAUGCCUGUUUGGUCACAUUGAAGCAGGCCCUGCAAAGCUCACCCUCAAUGGCCCGCGGACACGUAUAGUCCUCACCGGACACCAACUCCUCCUCAAUUUCACCGUGACCGUACCGCGAAACACCACCCAUGACGCCCUACGGUGCUACCGUGGGAAUAAAUGUGUGACACCCGAGUACAACUUGGAGUCUGAUUUGAAGGAACGGAAUGAAAGAGUGGAGGUGGUGCUCAUGUUCAACCACAGCUCUGAUUCCGGGGAGUAUCGCUGCUCCUACAAGUCUGCCAGUUUGUACCUGGCCAUACUGGCACGUGAUGAGGGCUUCACAGAGCGGUACCAUGGUCUAACGGACAACGUCAUUGCCCCCAUGGCCACCCUGACCGUGCUUCUGCUCAUCUUCAGCACGCUGGGGUCAGUUUACAUUUACAAGAGCCAGGCUCCUCUCGGUGGCCAUGGUGACAAUGGUACGAACGUCACCAGAAUCAGAACCAGUCAGGGGGGCGAUGCCGGGGGGGCAGGGGUACAGGACGCAACAGACGAGGAGGCGGCCCCGGACAACUCUGUCUACACGACCCUGGAGUCUCGUCCUGCAUCGAUUUAUGAUGUGUUGGAUCCAUCUGCAUCAAACAGCAGGACGCAAUCAAAGAAGAGCAGCAGGAAGAGGUCACAGAAAAAGGAUGAAGUUGCCCCUGCAGAGGAUGGGAUAUUUGAAUCUGUCUAUGAGAAUCUGUGAUGAUUUUUUGUAACGUCAUCAGUCGUAUUGUCUUGUGAAAACAUUUACCUGACCUGCCCUCUGUGCCGUGGUAUUUUAUGUAGCUUGUGAUGCCUGUUUUUAAACUGUGAAGACAAUGUGUCAUUUCAUUCUAGUGGGUUGAGAGUUGGCAAUAAACUAUGCACUCGUUUGUCUAUCUUUGAA